GAUUUGUCAUUAUGGGGAAUUUAUUUUGUACUGAGUACGCAAUUCAUAGGCGGUUUGACUUGAAAGGAUCUUCCCAUGGUCGAACCACUGCUAAACCAGAGUCAGAAAUUGAUCCAAAUACAACCCUCAAAGACCUUGAUCUCAAUUUCAUAUUCAGGUUACAGAGAGUCUGGUUCCAAGAGUUUUGCAGGCAAGUCGACAGGGACUGUGACUUUCUUGAACAAGAGAGGAUUAUGGAUUACAGUCUUCUUGUAGGUCUACAUUUCCGAGAAGCUUCAUCCAGGGAUCCAGUGACACCUCCACGUACUUCUGGAGUUUGUACACCUACUGGUCAUCGAACACCUACUGGACAUCGCACGCCUACUGGACAUGAAGAUCCAGAUAAUGGAGUUCCUCGCCUUUCUAGAGUGGAUAUGGAUAAGCUUCUUUUUGAUCCCAACGGGUGGGCUUCUAUUAGGUUAGGUAUCAACAAACCAACAAGGGUUGAGCGAACG